AGGCCGUUUCAGUCUUCGGAACGCAGUUGGGAGUUCCAGAGUCAUGUCUUGGCUGCGGAGCGGCUGAAGAGCCACAGACACUCACCGCCUGCAGUCUCUGGGAAGAGAAAACUCCAGAGUAGAGAAGAGGAGGAGGAGGAGGAGGAGGAGGAGGCCUCAAGCGUGGGACAUGAGAAACAAGCGCUGGAUUAAGGACUUCCACAGAUUGUUGGACAUUGAGUUGAAAGCCAUACAGAAGUCCUGCUCCAUGAACAUCGGAUAAACGUCACGCUACAGUGCAGGAGGAAGCGUGAGUCGUCUCCUGGUCUGUACAGAGUCAGACUGAAGUGGAAAGAAGGAAAACCAAAACCAAAAGACAAAAAAAAAAAAAAAAAAGGAGGUGGUGGUGGACAGGACGUAGAGAAGCACAGCAACCAUGAGGGUAGAAACGUGGAACCUGGGCGUGGUGCUCUUCUUUUGCCUUGCUGCCCAGGGCAGCUGUCGCUCAGGCAAUGAGCCACUGUUGUCUAGGCGACGGCGAGCACCAGUUGACGACACCAAAAGGUGCUCGUAUACGUUCAUGGUGCCGCAGCAGAAAAUCACAGGACCCAUCUGCGCGUCUGCGACUGGGCCCGAGCCGGAAAAGGAUCGAGUGACGCGUAUGGACAUCUCGGACUUGAAGGAAGUGUUGUCCAAACAGCGUCGCGAGAUCGAGACGCUGCAUUUGGUGACUGACGUGGACAGCAACUUGGUUAACGAGAUGAAACUGUUGCGCAAGGAGUCGCGCAACAUGAACUCGCGCGUCACACAACUCUACAUGCAGUUGCUUCAUGAAAUAAUACGCAAGCGUGACAACUCUCUGGAGUUCGUGCAGCUUGAGAACCGGGUGCUUAACGUGACGUCCGAGAUGCUGCGCCUGGCCUCACGCUACAAGGAACUGGAGAUGCGUUUUGCUGUCCUGGCUGCCACAGUCAACAAUCAGUCCGUUCUGAUCUCGUUGCUGGAGGAGCACUGCAUGCGUGGGUUCGGACGCCACGAGUUGCCUGCCGUGCCACCACUGGUGCAGGUGGUUCCUGAGAACAUCCCGGUGAACAACAACCGCUUCACCAACGAGAUCCAUAGAGAACACAACAACCGGGCCCUGCCACGCGGCUCACGCAUGGACAACCCACCGACUGCUGACCCUCUGGGCAUCCCACCAGCACCACAGGGAACCCUGAACUCUGACGGUCCGUUCCGUGAUUGUUAUCAAGUUCGUCAGGCGGGGCACAGCACCAGUGGGAUGUACCUUUUAAAGACAGAGGGCAGUGACAGACUGAUCCAGGCUUGGUGUGAGCAGGGGUUGGACAACGGCGGUUGGACCGUGUUUCAGAAGAGAAAAGACGGAUCCGUCAACUUCUUCAGGAACUGGGAGAACUAUAAGAAAGGUUUUGGGAACAUAGAUGGGGAAUACUGGCUGGGGUUAGAGAACAUCUACAACCUGGCCAAGCAGGGCGACUACAGGCUGAUGGUGGAAUUGGAAGACUGGUCAGGGAAGAAAGUGUACGCCGAGUACAGCAGCUUCCGGCUAGAGCCCGAGGCCGAGGGGUAUCGGAUGCGCCUGGGCACCUACCAGGGUAACGCCGGGGACUCUCUGACCAGCCACAAUGGCAAGCCCUUCACCACGCUGGACCGCGACAAGGACUCGUUCACAGCAGGCAACUGUGCUCACUUCCACAAAGGCGGCUGGUGGUACAACGCAUGCGGGCAGACCAACCUGAACGGUGUGUGGUACCCUGGAGGUGUGUAUCGCAGCAAGUUCCAGGAUGGCAUCUUCUGGGCUGAAUACGGAGGAGGCUUCUAUUCACUCAAGGCCGUUCGAAUGCUGAUUCGGCCGAUCGACUGAGAAUUGCUACUUCUCCCUCGUCUCUUUCAAUAUAACAUGUUCGUUCGAUAAAAAAAAAAAAAAAAAAAUAGUGAUAUAUAAUCUUUCCAAGGAUAGCACAACUGUAGGAAUUUGCAGUGCUCAUCAUUAUGAGACAAGCGCUGGAAGGCGUUUUUAAAGAUUAGAACAUUAGAGAGGGGGGAAAAUGUCAAUAACCCUAGUUAUGUAUCGUGAUACUUUUGCGCGGUGAUUCAUGUAUGCCUCCAAAAUAGAUCCUUUUAUUUGUUUUUUAUUAACUUUUAAUUUAUAUAUGUUUGCAUUUGAGGUGUAAUCCUGCAGGUGGUGGACUCUAAACUUUUGACACAGCACAGCAUCCUGUGUGGUAGGAGCAAAUUAUUUGUUCGUUCAAAAAUCUGAAGAAGAAAAAAAGAAUAUUGGAUAAUAUUAAAAAAAAAUAAUCACAAUACAGAUCGAAUUGGCGCUCAGGUAUCAUGAUGAUAUCGUAUCGGGUGAUCCCCGUGCCUAUCGGCCACAAAGCGGCUGGAAAAGGUCUCUCCGCAGUCAGAAAAAAUAGGAACAGAUUGUGUUAGGUUGCAGUCAAUCCCAAUCUUGUCUCGGUCCUUCUUUUUUCUUUCACUCUAUACACAACAAGAACUGGAAACAGUCUGGACUGAGAAAUCAGUCAGCUGUCCUGUGUAUUGGUCUGUAAAUAUCCUUAAGGUUUGUAUGUUUGCCUUUUUUUUUUUUUUUUUUCUUCGAAAGAGUUCACUGAAGAACUUAGAUACAGAAUCCACAUGUUAUUUAUCGGUAGUUAUUUAUAUUAGUUAUGCUGUUUGUUAUUUAUGCCUGUUUACGAUGUUUGUUGUGUUUUUGCAAUGCACGCAUUCAUCUGCAUGUGUGUGUCGGUUGUGCCACAGUACAAUCUGUAUGUAUAUAAAACACAGAGGAAUCAAAUAAACUUGUACAGCACUGACAGACAAA